AUGACAUCAAAGUUCAUCUUAACAUCGGUAUCGACUCUAGUCCUACUGAAAUGCAUUUCUGGGGAUUUCCUGAUGGGUGGAUAUCUGGAUAACAGUAAGGAGACCACGUUUCGUCAGAACCCGGCAAUGGAGGAGUCCCGACAAAUGGAGAGCAACACCGAUCACGAGGACACUAUUGCUGAAGAAAGUAUCCCGGGAGGCCCUCUCUCCGGUUUCAGGAUACCAACCCCGUUUGCCUUUAACGGUGGGAAACCUUUUUCCCUAGAAAAAGAUCCACUUACCGGUAACAUCGACUUUGCAAAAGCUCCUCCCUUAAAAGCCCUCAACUACACGGAGUACGUCGACGAGAACGAAGAGAAUCAUAAUCCCCAAAUUGAAAAUGAAUAUCUCGACUCUAACGACAAACCCAAAAGCGGCGUUAACAAUAACAUGCUGGGAGGCAACACUAAGAAACACGAUAACUACAGUGCCAACGAGAUCAAUGUCUCUUCGCCAAGCUUUCAUGACUUCCUGAAUUUACCAGUCCGCUAUUCAUCGGAUAAGUACAGCAGGAAUAAAUUCCCGCUAAUCUCGAACUCGUACGCCAACACGAAGGUGCAAGGCGGAUCGAACGGUCUCCGAGGAAGCAUGUAUAAUCAUAAACCAUAUUCCGAGAUGGAUCUUAAAGUGACGAUCUACACCGCUAAAGACAGAACGGUGAUGACCUCUUCGCCUCACCCACCAACGACAGUUAGAGCUACCUCGAAACCUGAAUCUACUUUUACGACCAUGAAAUCGACGCCCACCUCGAAACCUUCUUUGCCUCCGAUGUCAUCUACUUCUUCGACCUUGUCUUCCACAUCUAGCUGGGUGAAAGAUGACGAGGCCACACGUUCAGAGUCGAAGCGAGAAAAGAACCCACCAGGAAAAAAUCCUUCCUUCGUUUCUUCCCCUCCGACGAGGGAUCCCGUAACUUCCACGCUUGAAAACGAGAACGAUCACAAAGAUGAUGGGAUUUUUGAUGAAUUCUACGAUUACGAUAUGCCUGAGUCGCUGGAGAAUGAUAGGGAUUACCUUUUGGUUGAGGAGGACAAUAGUGGAAACUUAACGAAACCUCCUCCUGGGGUGCAGACCACCGUGAACGUGCCGAAGAUUAUGACGACCACUCAGGGUACCUCGACGGUGGUGACGACGACGACGACGAAACCUAGCACAUCGAUUACUGAUGCAACGACAUCGACGACCUCGAAAACGAGGGCGAUGACAACAGCGACUCCUAUGACUUCGUCUACGACCGUGUCCGCCAUGAAUAUGGAUACAGAGAUGGAGAAGGACGAAGUUGUCUCCUCUACCGAAGAAAUUUUGACGACCAGUGAGAUGAAGGAUCCCGGGCAAAAGCUUCCGAGCUUCGGGCUCGAGCAGGUUCCCAAUAGAGCAACGAAUCCGGGGAACCUUGGAAAUGUAGGAUAUAUAAAGGGCGUGGAAAAUUUGCCGAACCAGGAAGCACAUUUCCGAAGACCGGUUCCGGAGAGUACCAGCAACAUUAUUGUGCCUCCGUAUCAGGAUUCCGUAUCCUUCAUCCUUGGGAACCAUCAGAAUAUGGAUGUAGGGUACUACGUGGCGUCAGCGACCAAGGACACGCCUCCUGGUAUUAAAAACGAAGGGUCUUUCAGACCGAUGUUCUUCACCGGUCCGACGAAACCUUACCGAGAACCUGCGGAAGCAAAUCGGAUUAAUAGCCUUGGCCCGUUUGCGAAUCACCCUAUAAUCAACCAACCAUCUAAUAUAUUUAAUACCGAUAUCAAGCCGGCAUCCCCUCAGCGAUUCUGGUCUUCAUCAACCCUUUCAUCCGAUCCUCAUCACCAGACGAUCGUGAACGAAAUAGAGCAGCCCUCGUUGAGUGCAAAUCCCUUCUCUUUGCCCAGUAAGUAUUCCCAGGAGAAUAAUCGACCUCAGGUGGAAGAAAAUAGCACGAAUCCUAGAGUGGGCGAAAAUCCAGCCUCAGCAGGACCUGAGAAGAAUAGCGACUUUGUCGUCUUUCCAGGAGGUCAUAACGAGGAUGGUACCCAUGGAGAUCGAGUAAUAAUUGGAAAUCCUGUAGAACAAUCUGCACAGAAAUGGCCGACUUCUACCCUUGUACCAUCUACGGUCUCGGCGUCAUCGCCGGCGACUACGAUGACGAAUAUCAGGGAACAGAGCCCAGCCCAAGAAAACGGGCUUCUUGUGCUGUCAGAAAGUCUCACUCCUCCUGCAGAGAGGCCCAGGCUACCUUAUGAGUCUCCCAUAAGGCAGAAACCUCCUGGAAAUUAUGUCAGAAACGAUCAUCAUAGAGUGAGGCCUCCUCUUCCCCAUUCGAAACCAUCGACUCAUUUUGGGCCAACGGAGGUGAUCUUCAAGAGAAGAUACACUUCGGGGGCUGAUACUAAACUACUUCCUAAUAUUCUUCCCCAAUUCCGACCUAAUGCUAAAACAUCUCUGGGACACAGAGGAGCGGAACUCAUUGGAACUUUGCCGGCUCCUGGUCCAGGACUGAUGGGUCCUGGCGGAAUAUCUGGGGCGACUAGAGGAAGACCUCCGGCAAGUUUACACGGGCCCCUGCACUCGCAGAGGAGGCCUCCGUUCCCGAAUCUUCAAAGAUUAUAUCCGCCGCCCCCACCGGCGUUGAUCUCUCUUCCGCUACAAACGACCUCGCCUACGCAGGUAUCGCCGUCGAUGUCUCCGCAUUCGCACCCCGGGAACUUUCCACCUGGCUUCGACAAGCCUGAGGAACUUGCCCCGAUAAUAAGGCACGAACGAUAUCAGGCUAAUAACAGACUGUUAGGUCAAAAGGUGAGAAGAGAAGAGCUUUCGGACACGUUUUCUGCGGAACCUCCGCAGGUUCCUUCCAGGCCGCUUCCGGCGUUCCCCUCGAAGAGAACUGUCUUAUCGCUUGCGCCCUCGGGGAAUCGUGUCGCUACUUUGCAGAUGAUCCAACAGCGAGCUAGUGGGUUGGAAGGUGAUUCCGUAGUUAGAAACGUUCCGCCUCCUUUCAAGGUCACCAUGGAGGAGAGGAUUAUUAAGAAAAAGGACGACGUCGAUGACGAGAUGGAGGAGGAUAAAAAGGAUAGCCCGGAUGCGGUUAAGGACUCAGUCUUCGUGGUGUAUCCGGUCAAUUCUGCUGUCAACGUUCUACAAGAUGGAGUCAGGGAGAAAGAUGAGACCGUGGUUGUAGGGACUCGAGGGCCCCACAGGCCACUACCGCCAGACAAUCUUUUGGCCAACGAAAAUGAGAGCGGAGAAAAUGACGAGGAAGGUGAUAAUGAAACAGACGAGAAAAUCUUACCGAUUAGGAGGGAUGAAGGCAAGCCUCAAUCCGUUUCUUCGCUUCAUGACUUCCCGUAUCCUCUGGAACGACCGGACAUCUCCUUUUUAACUGGAGUCAAGGAAAAGCCUCUUCUGGUGCCGACCGACUCCGACACAACGAACAAUCAACGAUAUCCCGUCCUCCAGCUAGAUAUUGGCUCCGAAGAGAAUACUCAUGAUAGUAGAGUUAAUGUUAUCCCAUAUCUGCAAGAUUACAUGCCUUUUGCCGCAAAAGAAAACGAAGCCGUCACCAUAUCAACGACUUUGCAUCGGCUUUCCAAUGGAGCUGCUACCGUAACGCCGAUUGCUUAUGCUUACACUCCCAGCUCUCAACGUCGAACUGACCUUGAUCUCGAAAGUCACGAACAAAGUCAGGAUCACUUCGACCCGGGAAUUAAACAAAAGCCAAUUUUGCCAUCUCAACAGCCGUCAAGUUCCUCCAGCUCGGCACCUUCUCCGCAGAGCUUUAUGGCACCGUUCAUGGCUAGCGUCAGUGCAGAAGAACCGACCAAAAAUGGAUGGAGCGUUAUUAAUCAUGACGUCAAUCCUGAAAAUACUCAUGAACCGACCACCCCAAAGGAGAAGGAUAUGAAUACCGAAGAUGCAGAAAAUGGGGAAUUCGACGCGGAAAACUUUAAGCCACUUCUAUUUGGAGGGUUCAAGCCGAUUUAUGAAUUUCCUGGGGACACAUCCAAUGAGGAGGAAAAAACUGUCCCCCAUGAUUCCGAGGUCAGUAGUCAUGCAUUUGUGGAAACCUAA